AGUUCCGAAGAAGCAAUUCAAGAUGAAAGAGCAGUGGAAGAAGUUUGAUGGGGAUGCCAAGCUGUUGGUAAACGUGGAAGAGGGCAGGCCCGUGAUCGAACUGCCCGUCUCGAACAAAGCUACCUGCUGCGAGAGGCUCUCGACCGUUUUGAAGAUACUCGCAUUCACGGCCUCCAUAAUCAUGGUGACUUGGGUCGCGACCAUCGUAUACGCCUACUACUACCACCAAUCGGCUCUAAAGUUGGACGGCGAUGCGUUUGACGUGAGCCACGACUACAAGUCGGGCUUCGGAAACGAAUUGUACCUAUUGGGGAAAGAAGGCAAGCAGGUGCCAAAUGCCCACCACGAGUCGGGGGAGGAGUCGCUGUCCACGGAGGAGCCAAACCCCAACAACCGAACGCUGGAAGAUUGGAAAGAGGCGGUUGAUAAAAUGAUGAAAGUGAAGGAACUGUUGCAAGGAGUGACCGCGGAGGGCACACCUGGAGGAAGCGCCGAGGGAAAGACACCGCGGGAGAACGACUUUUUCGACAAGGCUGUAUACGGGAUCGUUCGCAGCGCGAUACCCCUGGUCGAGGACAUCGAAGAAAACGACGAUGACGACAAAGGCUCGGUUAAAACUCCCGAAGCCACAGACGAGGCGCCUGGAGAUUCCCGGAAGAUGGGCAAGACCGAGGAUUCCAAAGAAGUCGCCAAUGUGCUGCUACAGCUCGUGAACCUUAUUGCCCCGUACGAGGUGCCGAGCAGCGAGGAGUACACCAGUCUCAAGGAGCUGGACUCGCGAAACAGUACAACCGGCGCGGUACAAAAGGCUUCGGACGCCAAGACGCUCAUGUCCAAGUACUUGGAGCCCAUUGUGGGUGAGGACGGUGAGUUGCUCGCGUGGUACUACCUCGGCGGGAUCACCGACGCCGAAAGGAAAGACCCGCGGAACCUAAAGCUCCACACGGCCAAGUUACUGUACAGCAGCAACAUCGCGGAGUUCCUCGAGGACAUGAAGUCGGUGUUGGAAUCGUUGUUGCUCGACACGGAGUUUGUCCGGGAUUUCAAGCUCCUCUUGGAGGGAAGAUUGAAGCUCGCGAGUCCGGUUGAUCCCACAUCCAUGCGGUUCCGCAUCGUGGACAGGAUCGCGACGAAAUUCAACAUGAACAAACUGGUCGAGGAGGAUCCCAAGAUUGUCGGGGUGUUCUCGAGGAUGAUCGAGGCCAACAACAGGCUGGAGCUCGGGCGGAUGUACAUCAAGGUGGGAGAGGCACUGUUCGAGAACAUUGGACAAUCGAGCCAGGAGUUUUUCGAGGAGAGCCCGGAAGAAGCCGAGAGACGGCGGCUGGAGGUUUUGGCGGCGAUCAAGAAGGUGGGCGACGACGACAAGGGUUCAGCGGAGGAUGGGACGGUUGGGGAGGACAGCAUGCCCGUUACCGAAAGCAUUUCGGAAUUGGUUGCCCAAGAGUCGGAAGAGGAGGAUCAGUCCGUGGAGGAGCCGUCGUCGACCGUCGCGUCGCUGAAGGAGGAUGAGGUUGUGGAGGAUGCGGGGGAGGGCGUUUCGGCCGAAGACACCAACAUGAACGAGUACCUGCAGGUUUACGGAGACUUUUACGACUAAAUGCUGACCGGAGCCGCAUAGUGAUUUUUGUAAAAUAUAUAAACACCUUGUAGUCGAGA